UGGAGGUGUGUCCCAUGCCUUGGAAAUGGCGGAGGCGGCCAUGGCAAAGUCUAUAGAAAUCCCAGACUGUUGCUACCCAAAGGAGCCUGUCCUGGUGCGCCCAAGCAGCAGCAAGCCCAGGCACACCCUCUACCUCUCCAACCUCGACGACCAGAAGUUCUUGAGGUUCUCCAUCAAGUACCUCUAUGUGUACAAGAGAUCGGUGGGGGUGGAGGCCCUCACCACCUCCCUCUCCAAGGUUCUCGUGGAGUACCAUCCGCUUGCAGGGAGGCUGAGACCCGUCGGCGAGGACGGCGAGAAGUGCCAAGUGGACUGCAACGGCGAGGGAGCGCUUCUGGCCGAGGCCUAUGUCGAUCUCACGGCGGAGGAGUUCCUGCAGGGCUGCGGAAGGCCCAACAGGUCUUGGAGGAAGCUCUUGUACCGGGUGGAAGCACAGAGCUUUCUUGACGUCCCUCCGCUCGUUGUUCAAGUGACUCAUCUAAGCUGUGGCGGCAUGAUCCUCUGCACCGCAAUAAAUCACUGCCUUAGCGACGCCAUCGGGACGGCACAGUUCCUCCAUGCCUGGGCGCUGCUCGCCGCCAAGCCUGACGCCAAUCUUCCCGUGAAUGCCUUCCACGAUCGCUGCAUUCUAAAGCCUCGAGUUCCACCGGAGAUUGCCUUCUCCCACCCCGAAUUCAGUAGCCCACCAGCACAGGACUCCCACUCCGGCGACCUCUUCCAAUUCCUUCUCUCCCAGCCAUUAGUCCCCGUUUCCUUGACCUUUACCCCCUCUCAGAUCCUCCAUCUCAAGAAGCAGAGCGUUCCCUCCAUCAAAUGCACCUCCUUCGAAGUCUUAGCCUCGCAUGUAUGGCGCGCCUGGAUUAAGUCGCUUGAUCCUCCAGCCUCUCUUCGCAUCAAGCUCCUAUUCUCCAUGAACGUGCGCGGAAGGUUGAAGCCAGAGCUCCCCGGCGGCUACUACGGCAACGGGUUUGUGCUGGCGUGCGCGGAGACGUCGGUGGAAGAGCUGGUCACGUCCAACGCGCACCACGGCAUUAAAUUGGUCCAAGAGGCCAAGAAGAGCGUGACGGGUGAGUACGUGAGGUCCAUGAUCGAUCUGUUGGAGGAGAGGAGGGUGAAACCCGACCUGUCAUCGAGCUUGGUAAUCUCUUCAUGGACGAAGCUGGGGUUGGAGGAGUUGGACUUUGGAGGAGGAAGGCCGCUUCACAUGGGUCCGCUGGCGAGUGAGAUAUACUGCGUGUUCCUGCCAGUGACCGGAGAUCUGCAUGCUUUCACCAUGAUCAUGUCAGUGCCACACGAGAUUGCAGAUCGGUUUCAACAGUAUUGCCGAAGGGGCCUCGAUGAUGAUGAUGAUGAUGAUGAUGAUACGGAGAAAGGAGGAAGUGGGUAGAGUUGAAUGCUGUGUAAUCUAUUGUGUCUUUCCAAGUCAUACUUUGGAUAUUGUGGGAUUCUUCUGUCCGAUACUCGAAACGAGAGAAGACGUUCAAAUCACCAACUUUGAAAACUGUUGUACCGACUUCAAUCAAUAAAAGGAGCAAUAAGUUUUUUUAUCAUUCA